GUCAGCCAUUUUAGUUACGAUUUGGGCGAGAACUAUAUAUUCUUAGUUGUUUUAUAUUGUGUUUUUUGUUCUAGUUAUGUAGAAAACGACCUUAUAACAGAAUAAUGGCUGCACUUUCAAGUGGCCUUCAUGAUAGACUUGGAAGUGUGAGAAAUGACAUAUCAGAUCAAAUGGAAAACUGUGUGUUUUCAGGAGAUCAUCUAGUUCAAAGGACUGUUAUUGUACAGAAGGAUGAAAAGGGUUAUGGCUUGACAGUGUCAGGUCAUAACCCAGUGUUUGUACAGUCAAUAAAAGAAGAUGGAGCAGCUGCAAGAGUGGGUGUGCAGGAAGGAGACCGGAUAAUAAAAGUGAAUGGAACUUUGGUUACCCAAGCUAAUCACAGUGAAGUUGUGGAGCUUAUUAAAUCUGGAUCCUAUGUAUCCCUUACAUUACUUGGGAAACCUUAUGGCCCCAACAAUAGGCUUUCUGGUGGUAUUCAAUCCAACAGUCUGGUGGCAAAUCAUGGCUAUGGAGCACCAAAUAAAGUAUCGCCACCAUUUGAGAGAAUUACUGGACCACAGCCAGUUGAUGCUGAAAAGCAACAUCAGUUGAACAAAGAAAAAAUUCAUACGAUUAAGAAAAUGUUAGACAAGGAAGGGCGAUACUUAGAGUUACGUAGAAAUUCAUUUGUAGAACAACCUGAUACUGAAGAUGAAAAAAGAAAAGUUCUAGCUCAUGGAAUGAAAUUUAGUAUUCCAAAUAGGCUUAAGUUUGAGGAUUCUUUUGUAGGAUUUGAGCAGUUUUUCCAAUUAUAG